AUGUUCAACCCCAUCACGUUCGGCCUUUUCGGCGUCGUGAUCAUCUCAUAUUUGCUAUUCAGCUUCCUCUCUGUCGACUCAAACCAAGGUCCUCCCCGCGGAUCCAGCCAAGAUGGCCGCCGCGACAAACCAGAAAUCCCGAAAGUCGCCGCCGGCGAAAAGAUCUUCGUGGCGGCGCUAUGCGAAACGUUCUACGACCAGGUCGACUACCUAGGCCGUCACCAGAGGCCUUAUCCGACCUUCUAUCAGUUCAUCGAAUUUCCCGACGACCUGGCCAACAAGCCCAAGGCCAGGUAUGAAGAGGAAGUCGUCAAAUUCCUGAGCGCGGUGAUGCACGAGAACGACCUGGUGCAUGACUUGAGCUUCGACGCCUGGCUUAGGGGACCAAAGAAGAUGCCGAUUGGGGCCAAGGGGCGCCUCCAGUGCAGGAUGGCCGCGCACCUCAUCUACACCAGAGCGCGCGGACUGUACCACGACUACUUUCUCAGCCCGGGGAAGAACGAGCUUAGGAGCAGGUACUACAUUGAGGGGAUUUGUGAUCAGGUCGCAGUGUCCAGCAGGUACCCCAAGGAGGACUAGGUAGCAAGGGUAAAGCUCUUGCGGCGUUCUCGUCCGGCCAGCGAACGGUUCGGGUUGUACGGUUGGAGGGGGAGGAGGAGGAGGAGGAGGAGGA